CAGCUUCAAAUCAUCCAAUCAGGGGUUGUCUCUAAACUUGGUUUUCUACUGAACUGUCUGAGUUCCUAACAUCACUAUCACUUUGUUUGUACAAGAACGAUGAUCACACUCUUUGUUGCUCUUUGCCUCUUAACAUCAGUGAAACCUUCUAACAUCAAGGAGAUUCAUGUUAAAAAAGUAAAGAGUGGAGAAGAUGUUACUAUAAAAUGUGGCGUGUUUAAUGACAAAACUAAACUUGUUUGGUUAAAACAUAGUUUUGGAAAGGUUCCUCAGUUGGUAGGGAGAGCAGUGGGGAACGAUAUCAGACUUGAUGCAGAAUUUAAUGAUGGACGCUUCAGUGUUAGGGAUGAUAAAUUGUUUAAUCUCAACAUUAAAAAUGUGAAAGAAGAGGAUACAGGAACAUACUUCUGUGUAGAAAUGCUGAACACUUCACCAGACUUUACAUCUGGAACCCUUUUGGUUGUUGAAGAUGAGAAGAUGAAACGAUCUCCUCCAGCUGUAACGGUGUUGGAGAACGGAGAGUCGCUCACACUCCAGUGUUCAGUACAAGCCAUUACUUCAAGCUGUGAAGAACCGAGCGUGUACUGGUUCAGACACGGCUCAGGAGAAUCUGAUCCAGGAAUCAUUUACACUCAUGGAAACACCAGUGAUGAGUGUAAGAAGAGCUCUGAGGCUGGUUCUCCUCCACAGAGCUGUGUCUACAUUCUCCCCAAGAGGAACCUCACAACCUCUGGUAAAGAAAUGCUCUACUGUGCUGUGGCUGAGUGUGGACAAAUCCUCUUCAGGAAUGGAAAUAAAGCUGCAGAUACAACAAAUAUGCAGUGGAUUGUUGCCUUAACAAUCUCCAAUGUAAUAUGUGUUAUCGUGAUCAUUGCUCUGCUCGGACGUUUACUUAAACUACAAAAAGGGGCUUCAAACGACCAACCAAAUAACCAAAAUCAGGUCGCUGCUGAAGAGGUCUUGAACUAUGCAGCUGUGGGUUUUGAUAAGAAACCUUCAUCCUCUAGAACAUCCAGAGCCAAGAGCCAUGAAGAUGUUUAUGCUCAAGUUAAAGUAAAAUAGAGAAAGAGAAAUUAAUUCAGAAUUAAAACACAACCAAAAUUUACUUCUUUCCUAAUUUUAAAUUCUUGACUAAAACUAGACAGAUUUUUAAAUCAUGAAUGUACUAGUUUGCUUUAAUUGUUUAAGACUAAAGCUUCUUAUUUGUGGUCUAAAGUUCUGUUCUUUCACCAUUACAGACUGUGUAAUCUUCUCAUUUGUAUUUAUUAGGAUUUGAUCAGCUGGUCUUUAAAUUAUAAUCUGCAUUUUUUCCCUAAAUUUAUAAAAUCCUCACAUUUGAAAUGUUUUCUUAGCAUUUUCUCUUAAAAUUCUAGAAUUGCAAGAAAACCCAUAGUUUGAUUUUAAAAGCUACCUUCAUGACCGUUCAGGUCUCACAUCAGGCCUUUAUUCUUCUUUAAAACAUGUCAGAUGUGAGAGGAUAAAUAAAUCUGUGGAUAAUGUAAUUACUGUAAAUGAGCUAAAUCACAUUUCCCAGCUGUAGGCAGUUUAUAAGUAAAUAUAAUGCACAUUAUGAUGUUUAACCCACACAGAUUUCCAUAAAUAUUAAUGACUUUAAAGUGAAAUAAAUCUGAAUAUUAAUGUUAGUGAUAUUAGUGUUUACUGUGUUACUUAUUACUGCUGAACCUGAAAUUCAAUUCCAAUUACAUUUUAAUACAGAUUUUACUUUCAUGACAUUUCUGUUAAAUCUAUUAAAUAUUGUACGAUGUGAUGAGUUUAGGCUCAGAUUUAAAUAGUAAAUAAAUCACUAGGAACAUAACAAUUAUCACUGUAUCUAACACGCUUCCCUGAAAUCUCACUGAAGAAUUAAGUGUGAAUGUGUUAAACAUGUGAUGAUGUAAUGUGGGGAAAUAUGUGGGGAGUCAUUUAAAUUAUCGUUCAGUAAUUUUACUCAAACCAAUAAAUAUUAGAAUUGUUCCAUUUCUCUUGUAAUCAUGUCCUGGUUAGAUUUAGUAAAAAUGUUUUAGUGAAUCCUCAGAAGCUUCAGAGCCUCAGACAUGUACUCUGUAUCGUCAUAUAUAUUGCUGUGUAGUUUAAACAAUUUUUAAAAAUAAAUCAUGUUAAAAAGAAAUGAGUCUGUGACUGUUGUAUUUUUAUUUAGUAAAAAUAAUUAAGGUAUUAUUCCUUACAAUAUUAUAAGUAAGGAAAAUAUUACAAGUGGUGUCAUAGGACAUAUGUAGGCGAUGUUGUAGGCCAGAUGUAAAGAAGAAAAGAUGUUUAUUGUAAUCAUAAACUUAGUAAAAGUAACCAGACUCAGUGCUGUCAGGCCUCGUCAGUCUGAGCUCUCUGAUCAACAAUGUGUGAGGAAGUGAAAGUCAAGAGUUCAGCUGAAACAGGCCUCAUGUAGGGAGAAGGGCGAGACAGCUGAAUCAGGCGACCAGAUGGACAGACCGGCUGAAUCUGAGAUUGAGGGUCUAAGGGGAACCUGACCUUUAGUGGAAAUAGAGAAACUAAGGCUUAAAAUAUGCAUGUGCGUGCAAGCCCAGUCUGGACAGGGACAGACUGAGAUCAUAACAAUGUUCAGCUCAUAGGUUUAGUAAGCUUAAGGACUCUUAACAUAGAA